GGAUAUCCCACGCUAACUUGAACUAUGCAACUCAAACUCGUUAACCGAACCUCCUAGUCAUAUUUCAGCAAGAUCAAGUUCGUCUUACCAAGCAAACAUGGAGCUUUAACCUUUUUUUCGACAAACAUUUUUCUAGGAAGACCACAAUGACUGAUCUUCCCUCGAACAUCGCACGGGAAGCUAAAAACAUACAUCAAAGUGUAAAGGAGUUGCUCAAGACCCGGGAACCAUUUGACAAAGAGUUGGAUUUCCAGAGAAAGAACCUUCGAAGGCGCUAUCUCAACCUCUUACUCGUUCACCCAUAUGACAAUGAAUCUAAAGAUGCUGAAACUCGGCUAUGGAUGGAGACCUCCCACGCAUUCAUAUCUUCCUACAAGCAGCGUAUAUCUCAUCUCGAUCGUGUCAUGCAAAAGCAGCAGCAGCAACAGGGUCAACAAGGAGCGAACUUGAACCCUCAUAACCAGCGUGGCCACGGACCUGUAGAGCACAGGAAGUUUAUUCAACGGUUUCGUCAGUUUCUGGCCGAAGAAGAAAAAUUCUGGACUCAAUUCGUCGUUCGUUUUACUCGAUCGUUUGACCUCGGUGAAGCACAAUCAACACUUAUCGACCUUGGAAUCUUGACGGAGGAGUUACCAAUUAAGGAACUUCCGACAGGAAGUCCCGACGAUGGCGAGGGUGGACCCGGCGCCGCUAAAUUGCCCCACAACGGAGGAAGGAAUCAUUUUCAGUUUCCUGCGGUGCCUGAAGGUUCUGAGUCGUCAUUUGUUCCCAAAACUAACGCGCAGCGAGAGAGCAGGAUGGAGAUUUUGAGUAAGGCACUGACGUGCCUGGGAGACAUCGCGCGGUAUAGGGAGCAGUAUAACGAGGCAGGUGGGAGACCAAGAGCUGGUUAUGAAGAUCAUUCGGGGCCAGGCAGGCGUGGUAGAUUCAAGAAAGGUGGUGGAGGUGCUCUCAUUCCUGAUCUACCCAGACCCCGAAACUAUGAGAAGGCCAGACAUUGUUACGAACAGGCAAAACUCUUGGUUCCGCACGAAGGCAAUCCAUCCCACCAAUUGGCAAUACUUGCAUCGUAUCAGAAGGAUAUGUUUACUUCUCUUGUCCAUUAUUACCGGGCGUUAUGCGUGCGCCAUCCAUACGAUUCGGCAUCAGACAAUAUCCACACCGUCCUGCACAAAGCCAUCGAACAGUGGAAGAUGAAGUCGAAAAAUGAAGGAGAGGUAGAUCUGAGGAAUGCUGUUGGUAAAAUCAGAAUCGAAGCUUUCAAAGAGAAACUCGUGAUCUUGCAUGGUUUAUUACGCCUCGGAUUGGGAAAGAACGACGCCCUCAUCAUAAAACAGGCGCAAGGAGUAUGCGCCGAUCUUUAUUCGCUUGUGUCAGAUCGCCAUCUGCCCGAAGAUUUUAUCAUUCAAGUUGUUGUUUUGUCACAAGCCGCUCUAUGGAAACAUCGUAUGAUCCGGGACUCCCCAAGGGCAAACAAGAACAAUAAUGACAGACACCCAGAGAGUACCCUACCAGGGUCCCUUCCAAAUUCUGUGAUCGAAGCUCGUUUGUUCACUCACUUACUCUCCCUCCAUCGUGCUUUAUUGGAAGUGGGAAUCGAACAGUUGAAAGAACCCGCUCCCAUCGGGCCAGAUGGCGAUUUAGCACAAAGGAUUAUGGUCGAAUUUAGGCGUACGCUACCCGCGCUCCGAAUCGCAAGCAAGUGGCUGUUGGCGAACUUCAACUUCGUGAUGCAGGACCCCGAGUCGCUAGGCUUGAAGAAUGAAACGAACAAAGGUCACAAACGCGCACUGUCUGAAUCUAACGGACUUAUCAGCUCAACUUCGACUGAAACCAUAGAGUUUUGGGAAAAGUACGCAGAGUUUUUGAGAGUUCUCUCCAGGGCAUUCCCAAUCAAUAAACUUCCGGACUUGACGUUUGCACUAUCGGAGGAUACAGAGAUGAGUGGGUUCUUGCCGCUGAAGGGAAUGUUGGAUGGGAGGAAGGAUAAAGAUAAGGAAAAGACUGGCUGUGAUACUUCUACAGUGGGUGGCGAUAUUGGGAAUGAGGAUUGCCCUACAGAGGAGAAAGAAGUUCAUCCUAACGUUGUACAAUUGAUGAGGAUAAAGGACCUUUUGAGCGAUGCGAAGAGGAUUGUCGACAUGGAGAAUUCUCCGCUCGCACUCUACGGCAACCAAUUUAUGUUGAAAGGAGUUGAAGCACAAGCCCAACCCGUUCCUCUCAGUGAUCCAAUAUAUCUGAAUGAUAUUGAAGAUGAUUCGGAUGCGAUACUGCACGCUGCCGCUGAUCACGAUGCAGCGGCCGUGGAAACAUGUAGAGUCGAUGAUGAUCCUAUUCGAGAUGCAUUUAGCCAUCUGGACGGUGAGGACGAUGAGGACGAUGAGGACGAAAUUGUUUGGAACCCAAGAGCCUCUCCCAUCGUUUCGCCUAGAAUAACGACGGCAUCUGCAGUCUCUCGGGUUCCUCCGGGCUCACAGACUUUGCCUUCUCUAGGCUCUGCUUCUGUCGUUCCUACUCGCUCCCCAAUUGUAUCUGAUCCCCCUGUUCUUCAAUCCUCAAUUUUACCUCCUGUGGUGCCUCAGUCGCAAAUUCUGGUGAAGACCUCGAAAGCUGUACCCCCCGUCGCAUUAACUACCGCUGAGGACCUUUUGAAUGGCUUCAUGGGCCGAGGAUUGAGCCCGAGUGCUCGAAUGUCUCAACAGAAAACUGUCUCGGAGCCCUUAGCGCCAACGGCUCCCCUUUUGUUCGGUGAUCGCACUGGGAAUAGUAUCUGGUCCACCUCUCAGGAUGAGCAGGUAUCGAUGAGGAUCGCUGCCAGCACCAAUCACCAGCAAAGCUUUACUCACCAACAACCGAUUUCUUCUCAAGACGUGUUAAGGGCCAAAUCCUAUCCACAUACUCAGUGGCCACCAAGUCCAAGCACCAUUGGCCACGCACCACGAUCAUUCACACCCCAACAACUCUCCAGCGGUAUACCGCCUACAACGUUGUAUUCAUCACCAUCACAUCUUGUUGGACACCAUCGUCGGGCCCCAUCGUCAUCUGCUGUCGCCGCUCAACUAUUUCCAGAUCCCAUCCGAAAUCCAGGAAUCUCUGAGUAUGGAUAUGCAUCCCCGCAUUCAAGCUUGAACCAACAACCGAUUCAACAGCACUUGAUGGAACCCGAUGUUUUCCACCAAUCUUAUGGGAACGUUAACCACCAUUCCUUUGGACAUAGUCCCGUUAGAAUCCAUGAUUCCUCCGUACCAAAUCAAAACAAUUACAAUGUUGAUAUCGGUUUCAACAACCAUCACACGCGUCAUCUGUCGCUUCAUGACUCUAAAUUGAGCGCCCAGAACUUUACUCCGGCGAUGCCACCUCUGUGGGGUAGUGCUGGAUGAUACUCAUAUAGCGGUUUCUUCACGAAACUCGGGACGUUGUCGCUCUCCAUGGGCUAUAACCGCAGUACCUCCUACUGUCCUUUAUAACAACAAACGCUUUAUCCGUUCACAGUCCGGUUUCACGACAAUCCAAAGGGGUCAACGCGUCUUCUUUCGAAGACUGCCAUGCUUGUCACGAUCUACGGCGAACAAUUUUAUGGCUUUCUUAAAGAUAUGGAGAAGGUCUAGGCAGAACAUUUGCAAUGCCUACGUACCUCUCGGGUCAAGGGUAAUAAUACUGUUUAUCUCUUACUCUGUCGUACAUCCUUCUCGUCAGUUACUCUCUUCUUCUAUAUUCAGGCUUUGUUCGUUGAGAAAGUUCCGGCUAGUGUUUCAAGUUUACCACCUUUGUGAUCUUCCUUGUACCCUCUUGAUGUAUUUUUGCCUUGACAAUAUGCUUUGACUAUCAGGUAUACAAAAUAUUUGGGAGUGCCUGUUCCACCAUUGAGUUGGCAA